CCCUGCGGCCGCUCCCUGAACUCCAUCCUGGGCAAGAGCAACCUGAAGUUUGCCGGCAUGCCCAUCACCCUGACCAUCUCCACCAGCAGCCUCAACCUCAUGGCUUCUGACUGCAAGCAGGGGAGCAUCAUUGCCAACCACCAUAUGCAGUCCAUCUCCUUCGCUUCUGGGGGAGACCCGGACACAGCUGAGUACGUCGCUUAUGUUGCCAAAGACCCCGUCAAUCAGAGAGCCUGCCAUAUCCUGGAGUGCCCUGAGGGCUUGGCACAGGAUGUCAUCAGCACCAUUGGGCAGGCCUUCGAGCUGCGGUUCAAGCAGUACCUGAAGAACCCUCCAAAGCUGGUGACACCCCACGACAGGAUGGCAGGGUUUGAUGGCUCUGCCUGGGAUGAAGAAGAGGAGGAACCAGCCCCAGAUCACCAGUACUACAACGACUUCCCUGGCAAGGAGCCUCCCAUCGGUGGGGUUGUGGACAUGCGGUUGCGGGAUGGGGCUGCUCAGACCCCCAAUCACUUGGGGGCCACACUGCCUGUUGGCCAGUCGUCCGGUGGGGAGUUUGACCCCCGGAAGCAGCACGCUCCUGCCCAAGGGAGAGAGAAAUACCCAUCUCCGGCGGGUGCGUCCAGCCGCACGGACCUGUUUGAUGACCCGUCCUAUGUCAACGUGCAGAACAUGGACAAGACACGCCAAGCGUCAGUUGCUGGCACGCCUGCAACGGCCAACGGCAGCACCCAGAGAGACCUCUUUGACAUGAAGCCCUUUGAAGAUGCCCUGCGUGUGCCCCCAUCUGUGCCCGUGGGGCUGCCCCCUGCCCAGGUGGUGGCUUCCAUGGAGGAGCAGCUGAGACGUGAGCCCUGGUACCACGGGAAGAUGAACCGCAAGGAGGCCGAGAAGCUGCUGAAGGUGAACGGAGACUUCCUGGUGCGGGAGAGCACCACCACCCCGGGCCAGUACGUGCUGACGGGUCUGCAGGGCGGGCAGCCCAAGCAUCUGCUGCUCGUCGAUCCUGAGGGAGUGGUGCGGACGAAAGACCACCGCUUUGAGAGCGUCAGCCACCUCAUCAGCUACCACAUGGACAAUCACCUGCCCAUCAUCUCGGCCGGCAGCAAAAAAAAAAGCUCCCGGGGACCGUGGUCCACCGCCCCCCGGCCCUGCUCCCUGCCCCGGGGAGCCCUCGGACUCUCA